UUAGCAUAGGUCAGUCUUCGAAACAAACUCCUUCAAACAUGAACUCGCUGUAUCUGUUCGCUGUGUGCCUGGCUCUGGCCAGCUGCUGCCUCGCCAGCCCCUGGGGCAAGCCCUCCGGCCAGCCGGGCUGCCAGACGGAGGAGGAGCUGGCUGUGGGCGCCUAUCGCCACUACUACCGCAAGAACCAGUACUGGGUAUGCCAGGUGCUGGGCGUGCCUGCCUCGCCGGCCUACUGCCCCAUUGCCCAGGCCUGGCUGGAUGAUGUCAAGGCCUGUGUGCCCUACUCCGAGUGGUACUGGACUCCAACAGUGGCUCCACCAAGUCAGCCUCUUGCCUGAAUGGACCAGAUUUCUCGAUUGAUUUUGGCAAUGUCAGCAAAAGAAUGCAAAGAUGCGCGUUUUUGA